AUGGAGCAGUGCCUGCUUCCCACGCUCGUGGACAGCCGCACAGGAACACGCUUGUGCUUUGAGCUGCGCCGCUCUGAGGACCCUAGCAGUGUGGUGGGCACUGGGUUCAUGUGGGAUCUCGAAAUGUUGGAGCGCCGCUUUAGUGCAGUUCCUAUCUUCGCUGUCGGUGAUGCCCACCCCUGCGGGGCGCUGACGGUGGCGGCGACACGGGCGCCUCUCCGCUGUGACGUCUUGACUGUCUCCACCAUGCAGUCACAGGGGUUGGCAGCAGGUCCACCGCCGACUGAGGAGGGACCGCAGCAGCAGCACCAGCAGGAGGGCGGCGGUGCCAUGGACGUGGAGAAGGCGGUACGUCGUCACGCAGCGGCUGCACUUGCAGCCCCGCAACUGGUGAUGCUGCAAUUCAUCGUGCACGGUUUUGAAAUAAACGGCCGGAGCGUGUCGCCCACAGGGGGUAUCUGGGAGUUGACGCUGAGGAGUGAGACCACCUUGGCCAACGGAGAGACACACCAGUGGACCUCAUUGGAUGCUGACGAUUCAACAGGAGGCCGUGAGCGUUGGUGCGGUGUUGUGUGCUCGCGGAACUUUGCCAGGAUGGAGAUACACGCUCGCCGUCUCGUGGAGGAGUUCACAGGGACAGCUGUAACUAGGGUGCAGCAGGCCAGAGGCUGCUUCUUUGCGAGCGUCGCCCAGCCGGCUGACGGCACAUCGGUGUCUGUUUUCCAGGUGGAGUUGCUACAGUACACUCCUUGGAAGGCAGGAAGAGAGUUGCCGCUUCCUGUAGGGCGCGCGUACUUGUCGUGCCGUCCGCUGAUGCAGUCAGGCGUGUUGUACAACCCACGCUUGUUGUUCCUCCACCGCUGGCUCCGCCUAGACGUGGUGGAGCUCGUCGGUGUCGUGCGUGCGGUGCAGAACCGCUCUCAACGGAAGAAGCGGAAGCAGCGGGCUGUGGAAGAGGGCGGGGGAGGCUCCCCCAGUGUGGCGCACGAGGAAGGGAUUGCUGUAUGCAUGCGACUGCGGUGCGGGGAAACGGCUGCUGCAACAUCGCCGCCCUUUACCCCACCAGCUGUUGAGCUGGCGAGGGAAGAGCGCGUGGAAGCCAACGGCGCGAACAACAACAACAGCAGUGCUCUUCCUUGUAUUGUGUCGAUGGAAUGCUGCCCCGAGAACCACGAGGGCGCUGUGGAAGUGGGGCUCUCGUUGUGCCUCCGCUGCGCAGGUCCUGCGGGGCCGAGUGAAGAGGAGGCAAGGCACGAGCUCUCAGGUGCCGUGCUGAUCGGUGAAGGUGUGGCGUGUGUGCCACAGCCGGGCGAAGAAAGCAGCAGCAUAGACGUGGCUACCACCGACAGCGCUGCCUCACUGUGGGUGCCGAUUGCUGGCAUCGACCCUGCACAAACGGCGUAUGCGCGGCUGUGUUAUGCGUGGUCGCACCGUGUCGCCAUUGGCAGUUGGCUCGCGUGUAUUCGUGUUCGUUCCGCUAAGCAUCAGGCGACGCUGCGCUGUCCGUUCCUGCGGUUUGUAGUGCGAUUCCCAAGUGGUGUGGAUUGCAAAUUAUCACUUGAUCUCUUUAACGCCACCACACGGGCGGCGGCGGCGCCGCCGUGGCAAUCGGCUGCUGUUGCGGCCCCACUCCAGGCCGUGUGGUCGCUGGCCCACAUACACCUGCCGGUGGUGUGGCCGAUGUGUGAACACGUGCGGCACGUGGAGCUGCACGACCGUGUGGCGGAAGGGCUGACAGUUCACAUCGGCACCCAUUACUGGACACGGGAUGAUAUGCCACUGCUAGUCUCCCUUGAAGACAAUGAGAGUGAUGAAGCAGUAGCAGCAGUGCCGUCGGCUGAGCGGUGGCUGCGCUUUGGGGACGGUGAAGUGGGCGUGCACGAGGUACUGCUUGCGCGUUCCCGCCGCCCACCGAUUUCGAGUGGCGUUACAGCAGACACUCUGCAGGUGCCCUUCCGGUGGUGGCCCGUUACGUCCGCGUUGCGUCUCGCCGGCUCUGCGCUUGACGUGGCGGCGUUGGAAGCGGGCCGACUGGCGGUGAGCUGCAAUCUGCGCGUCGGCCAGUGGCGUGAGGCAGGAUGGGUCUGGGAGGAGGAGGAGGAGGCAGCGACAACAGGCGAGAUGUUUGCCACGCAGAUUGAGGUGGAGCGGUCACCCACGGCGUCGGUGACAGCAACGUGGGCAAUGACGGGCUGUGGUGCUAAUGGUAGUAAUACUGCCAGCAGCAGUGGGUUGCCGCUGACUCGACACAUUGCUGUUGAUGGGCUGCGAGAGGGGUCGGUGCGUUAUGCAGUGCAGGCGAGAACCGUCUGCCGAGUGCGGUGCUCGCACAGUUCACCUGCCACGGAUACGUCAACAGAAACACCCGUGACUGGGGAAGAGAAGGCAGCGGCAGAUAGUUUCGGUGGCGCACUCUGGACGACGCUCUCCACACACACAUCCAUCUUUGUGGUGGAUGAAUGCUGCAACGCCACACGCGGCGAGACUGUUCUGACGCUUGAGACGAACACCGAGAGUGGUGCUGACACCUCAGCCGAGGCUGCAGCAGAGGGAUCGCUCACCAUGGCGUGGGCUAUUGCGUACGAUGAGAUGAGGAUUGCCCCACGCGACCACCAGGAGCAGCCCUGUAUGACGGCGCUGGUCGACCUGCUCCGUGGCACGUUCACUGACACGAGUGACAGGCGUGAAGAAGUGACAGACACGCAGCAGAUACCGUCACCGGCUCUGCUACUUCCAACGUGGCUGGUGGCGUCGAUCGAGGUGCGCGACCUGUCCGUUGUGCUGGGCGCACUGCCGAGUGCUGCAGCUUCCUGCCAGGCGCGUCCUGGUGUUCCUGUUUUGGCCCACUUGGUCGCACACAGGCGACGACGCGGCGGGAAGCCUACUGAUAACCGAGAGCGCAGGGUCAAUGAAAGAGACACCGUCCGAUUUCCAUUGGCUACUGCCAACGCCAGGCCUAUUGCACCCCCACCACCGCAGCAACGGCGGCCGCUUUACUCACUGAGUGUUGAGCCUGCGUGGUGCAUUUCCCCGCGAGAGUGGAUGAGCCACAGGCGGCCGCUGCACCUCACGCUGUGGCAGGUGGUGUCGACUGCGGAGGAGUUCAGCUAUGCGCUGGGGUCUGUGCGCCUAGACGCGAUUCUCAGGGACGCCUUCGCCCAACUCCCCGACAAGAACAGCAGCAACAGCAACGAUGGUGGUUGUGGUAGUGUUCCACAGGAGAUUGUGACGAAGUGGCACCAACUGCGUCGCGGGGGGGAGUCGUCACCGGCGAGCGUGGGACUCGUGCGCCUGCGGCUGUACCCUGUCAUCAACGUGGCACCCAACGCCUCAGCGGGCGUGAUUGCGGAUACGCCUCAGAUGCCUUUGUGCGUCGAGGUGCUGGAUGUCGUGACGCGUUCCGUGGUGGGCGGCGGUACCGCGGCGCCGCUCGACGAGCGCCGGCUUGGCUUGGUGCUCCGCCCUGCGGGCAACUCGGGCUUUUUGUCGUGUAGCACAACGCGUCUGCGGCCUGAGGAUGCAGCAGCCGCAUCGACCCGCAUCGACGCGGGGGAUACAGAUGGCAAGGGUGAUGUGGCUUCGCACCGGAUGGUGGCGCUCGCGUCACUCCACAGCCUGUUGCUCGACGCGCGACGACUGGGAGGCACUGCGCCGCCCGAUGGGUGGCUGGGAAUUGACGUUAUGCUGGUGGAGUGCCGGGAGCGGAAGAAUAAGAAGCAGCAGCAGCGACAAGAGCAACGCCAGGUGGAGAAGGACGAGGGCAAAAUGACGAGUAUACUGCGUGACGACAUUGUUGGCGUAUUGGCUAUAGAGCGGCUCGACUUGCGCCGACUCUUACAGACGCUGCUGCUCGCCUCCGAUACAGCGGGUGACCACCAGCAGCAGCAGCAGCAGCAGCAGCAGCAGCAGCAAAAACCGUCUACGUACGGCGCUGCGGAUUUCACGCUGACGCUCAACACUGUUUCGGCGNCAGCAGCAGCAGCAGCAGCAGCAAAAACCGUCUACGUACGGCGCUGCGGAUUUCACGCUGACGCUCAACACUGUUUCGGCGGCUGUCACAGUCCGCCUGCAUGUCGUGGCGCUGGCGUCAAUGCCCAACGCUGCUGGUGA